AUGUCGCGGCCGUCGAUAAACAGAAAAGCAUCCGCAGGGCUGCUUUCUCGCUCAGGUCGUCCUGCUCUCUCUACAAUCCCAGAAUCGUCUGGACGACGCCCUUCAAUUGGUACAGGCGCAGUUAGCGCCAAUGUACAAACCGAUGGCGGAGGUGCCAAAGCCCAACGAACGUCCAAAACAUCCACAAAGCUCGUUGUUCUCCCUUCCGAACCUCAAACAAAGCCUUUACCCGGAGAGCUUGAAGAUGUCGAGAGUACAACACUGAUCACGCGGAAGGGUCGUUCAGACCUGAAGAGUGAAGGCGAACGGAUGAGCAAGACGGAGAGGAAUCGUGCCGGAUACAAACGGCUUACAGCGUACUGCGUCGCUGAGUCGUUUCGUAUGAAGCUCCUUGCUGCGUUUCUAAAACGGGAACAUAAUGUGCACCCGCGCGUGUUUGACGAGGCCUUAUACGUCAUGUACCACUUGCCUCUUCUGUCGGGCUAUGACCCGAACGUCAACGUGCGAUCAUCAUCUGCACCAGCCAAGGUACCCGGCGGAAGUGAUUUCUUAGCUGCGCUCUCCGAAGCAGAGGAAAACGGUUACGAAGGGACGUACUUCUCUCCCCAACCUACGACCGAUGGCUUCGACUCUGAAGGGUUCAUCCCGUCAAGCUCCCCAGAAGACGCGCGACAACAGCCCUACCAGCCAAUGAGCGGCAAAACACGCCCCCGGACGAGAAAGAUGGAGGAAGAGAACGUUGCAGAGGUCGUGUUCUUUGCGUAUGGCGUCGUCGUAUUUUACGGCCUUGAGGAGAGCCAGGAGAGAGCAAUCAUCGAUGACAUCGACCAUGCUGCUGUCUUGACGCGAAAGAUUGGGGAAGACGACUGGGAAAUUGAGGAGUGUCAUUUCGCGUACGACCCCUUCGCUGCAUAUCCACGGAUAUACAACGACCUUUUCACUUUCAAGUCUCAUUCUCAUCUCCUAAAACUCUCCAUCGCACAUGCACUCGCACAAUCUACCCUCCUCGCACGAUACGAAUCCAAAACAUCCCUCGUCCUCUCCGAUCCACGUACAUUGUUCAUUCCACGCACCCUCGCCAAAACAGGCGAGCUCCGUCUCAGGCGCCGAGACGCCCUUCGACUCACUGGACGUCUCUUCGCUCUCCGACGGGACGUCAACCUCGUCUCCAACGUACUCGACGUACCCGAAUUAUUCUGGAGCGAGGCAAGCCUGAAGGACCUAUACGAUGCAGUGAGAGAGUAUAUGGAAAUUGGACAGAGAGUGACUGUCUUGAAUGAGAAGUUGGCUGUGGCUAGUGAUUUACUUGAUUUGAUACAUAAUCAUUUGAAUGGGAACGCGAUGGAGAGGAUAACGUGGAUUAUUAUCUGGUUGAUCGUCGUUGCUUGUCUUGUUGAAUUGGGAGAAGUCAUAGCGCGAUUAAUCGUGCAUGCCACCAUGUCCAACAGCGAUGCCAGUAUAAGCAGUAGUGCCGGAGCAGCUGCAUCUCAUCUUCCCUUAUCUCGAGACGAAGCAUUUGUAGCACUGGAAAACAUCAUGCGCAAGCAAGUUUAA